AUGCGCGACGAUGAUAUCGACAACAGUAGGACGAUCACGGUGCUGUAUGGCGGCCCCAUCGCCAAAGAGGUGGCUGACGUCGUCGUUGGUCGCAUGAAGGAUCAGAGCGUGUUCCAACACGUGAAGCUCGGCGAUAUUGCCAAGUACCAGGAGUACGGCAUCGAGACCGUGGAUCAGCGCGAUAUGUUAGACGCGGCUACAAUAGCGGUGCUGCCAGAACCCGGGUGGGAGGGUCCAGAUCCAAAAACCGUCGACGAAGUGUUCCUACUGGUGAUGGAGACUGGCGAGAUGGAGGAAGCGGUUGGAGGAGGGAUCACCUUCCUGAGGGACACGAUGACGAGCGCGAGGACCAACAGGGAGCAACGAACGGACUGGGUGCGCUGUAUGCACAUCGCGAGGGACGACAAAACGACCCGGGUCGCGUACGCGGUGCUGGCCGUCGGUGACACGGAUGCCAUGCCCGAGCGAGCCAUGUACAGGAGUAAGCAGAACACCGCGGCGGACUGUAACCAGGCGGGUCAACUCGCGGAUAAGGUCAUGGAGCAGCUAGGCGGGGUGCGACUGUGUCCCAGGGGGGAGAUCGACGUCGCGAGGGACGAGGUGGAUCGGGACGUGGCCGCGUUCAUAGAUACGCGACUGUUGCCCGCGUUGGUCCCGUAG